AUGAUCAACGCGGUUCUCGUCUUCAACAAUAAUGGGCAGCCGCGGCUGAGCAAGUUCUACACCCAGAUUGAUACGCAAACGAAACAGUCGCUUAUACAACAGACCUACGCUCUAGUCGCUCAGCGUCCACCAAGCGCUUGCAACUUCCUGCCUCUCCCUCCAUUGCUCUCUCGGGGUGCUAGCUCCGGCGCAGAGGGCCCAUCCGAUGCUCCAACACAAGUCACCUACCGGACAUAUGCAACUCUUUCUUUCAUUAUGAUUUCAACGUCUACCGAGUCCCCACUUGCACUUAUUGAUCUGAUUCAAGUCUUCGUCGAGGCGCUGGACCGCAUAUUUGAGAAUGUAUGCGAGCUGGAUCUUAUCUUCGGGUAUGAAACGAUGCAUGCGGUGCUGAGUGAGAUGAUUGUCGGUGGUGUCGUCGUCGAAACGAACAUCGAUAAGAUUGUUGCUGGGGUGCGGAGUCAAGAGGGCUCUCUAGGGAAGAAGAAGGCUAUCCAGGCGGCAAGUUCUAGCGUAGGGCGCGGUGGGUUCCCUGGUAUAGGUGCUUGGAGGUGA